GUUCCCAGCCCAGAACGGAAAGAGAAAUCAACAGCCAUUAUAAUGCAGUGUGAUUUGUUACGGGAACCAAAGGUGGCGUCUCUAACCCUUUCUGGGGCAGAGAAGUAAGACUAACAGUAGCUAGCAUUCACUGAGCUCUUAUUAUAGAUCAGGCAUUUUCCAUUUAAUCCUUACAAAAAUGCUAUGAUGUGGUGUUAGGAUUCUUUUUUUUAAACAGAUGAAUGAACAGAGGCUUAUGGAGGUGAAAUUGUCUUGGGCGAGAAUCGGCUGAUAGCAUUUUGCCAACUGUCUCUAGCUGCCAUAAAAAGAUGUGACUGGUUCCCAGAAGUUUUCAGGGUUAAUGAUAUAUCUGGAAGCUUGAUAUAGGUGGCUUCAAGCUGGGGUAAACUUGGGAUGAGCUAGAUGUGAACGGUUGCAAUGACAGUGGUGCUAUUUUGAGAAACGUUUGAUCUGAUCUAAUCAGCUGAUUGUCUGGAUUCCCUGUAGAUACAGCUUUUUAGAGCUGUUGCUCAUGAAUACCUGAAAUUGUGUUACAUUAUUCAUUGAAUCUUCGCACCAUGCUGGGAGCUAUGUGCUUGAAAUAUUAUCAGCUCCAUUUACAGGGGAAGGACCUGAGGCUCAGAGAAGGAUAAGCUUGACCAUGGUCGUGAAGCCAGGACAGAGACAGGAUUUGAACGGAGGCACAGGUAGGAUCCUAUGACCAGCUGCCCACUCCAGCCCACCGUGAUGGAGGCAAAUGAUUCCUCUCGUGUGGAUUCUGAGUUCCGAUACACCCUCUUCCCAAUUUUUUACAGCAUCAUCUUUGUGUUGGGGGUCCUCGCCAACAGCUAUGUGCUGUGGGUCUUUGCCCACCUGUACCCUUCCAAGAAAUUCAACGAGAUAAAGAUCUUCAUGGUGAACCUCACCAUGGCUGACCUGCUCUUCCUGGUCACCCUGCCCCUGUGGAUCCUCUACUACUACAACGAGGGCAACUGGAUUCUUCCUGAAUUCCUGUGCAACCUCGCUGGCUGCUUCUUCUUCAUUAACACCUACUGCUCAGUGGCCUUUUUGGCCGUCAUCACUUAUAACCGCUUCCAGGCUGUAACACAGCCCAUCAAGACCGUUCAGGUCACCACCCGCAAGCGUGGCAUCCUUUUGUCCCUGAUCAUCUGGGUGGCCAUUGUGGCCGCUGCAUCCUACUACCUCAUCCUGGACUCCACCAACACAGUGCCCAACAAGACGGGCUCAGGCAACAUCACACGCUGCUUUGAGCACUACGAGAAGGGCAGUAUCCCAGUCCUCGUCAUCCACAUCUUCCUCGUGUUCAGCUUCUUCCUCAUCUUCCUCGUCAUCCUCUUUUGCAACCUGGUCAUCAUCGUCACGCUGCUCACGCAGCCGAUGCAGAUGCAGCGCAAUGCAGAGAUCAAGUGCCGGGCGCUCUGGAUGGUCUGCACGGUGCUGGCUGUGUUCAUCAUCUGCUUUGUGCCCCACCACAUUGUACAGCUGCCCUGGACCCUGGCUGAGCUGGACUUCCAGAAGAGCAACUCCCACCAGGCUAUUAACGAUGCACAUCAGGUCACUCUCUGCCUCCUUAGUACCAACUGUGUCUUAGACCCCAUCAUCUACUGUUUCCUCACCAAGAAGUUCCGUAAGCACCUAACGGAGAAGUUUUACAGUAUGCGCAGCAGCCGGAAAUGCUCCCGGCUCACCACGGAGACAGGCACCGAAGUGGUCAUGCCGCUCAAACAGGUCCCUGUCAAUUCCCUCAAAGAUUAGGCCCAGAUUGUUUGGAGCCCAGAGGCUUAUCCUCCAUGGACAUCAUGGAGGGACCUGGGGGAGGAAGGGGUGUCUGAUGCGGCCCUGGCAUCUGCUCCCUGGGCACUGGUGGCCCAUUAGGUAUGGAGGCUACCUCACCAAGGUGUCGAUGCUGGGUAGAGCCAGACUGCUGGGAAAUCCAGAACUUGAACGAGCCCUUUCAGCCACCUUUGGGCACAUGCCAUAAUAACCUUGGUUGGUAACCUCAUCCCGAGCGCCUGAGUCUGACAGCUCUGGAAGGAAUGUCAGGGCCAGGGGCAGUCCUUGGGGGUUGACACUGAGCCGCCCAGUUCAUCCUACCAGGACAGCAGUCCCAAAUGAGUAAGUUCUAAAGUUUUGGGCAACCACUCCCUUUAUCACUAAAAAGUCAGAGAAGGGGUUUUGGAAAAGGGACGCUCCCCUCGCUGCGUGGCACCGUCUUUGGGAUAGACUUUUAAGCUAGGAUGGUGCCGCCCAGUCUCUACCUAAAGGCACAAGGUCUUUGUGGCACUCUCAGGGGAAGUGGCUUGGUGGAACCCUCUCCCGAGUCAUGCAACAACCUGUAUUGAGUGAUGAUCAGAGAAGAUAAAACAUGCAUAGACCGAAAGCUAGGAUGGGGAGCCUGUCUCCUGGGGCAGAUGUGUGUUUCCGCACAGGCCUCACCUCAGGCCUGGGGCAGCUCUGGGGCAGCGGGAGAGACACAACACCCACAUCCACCUUCUGUCUCAACAAGGGACCCUGAAGAAGUAACUCCUGCAGCACAGCCACCCACUGUGGGUGGGCAAAGUCCCCUCAAAGCCAAAUUGGGGCCCUCCAGGCCACUGCGAUGCCCAGAGGCUUCCGUGGGAAAGGGCAGUUAGGCUGAGAAGUACCUGCAGGAAGGCCUCCAGAGUGGAAGGAGUCCGUAGCUCCCCUCCCCACCUCACCUUCUGAGAGGCCCCUCUGACUUAGCUGCCACGAGCUGAGAAGAGCAACUAGAAUCCCAAGGGCAGGCAGGCACUUUGAGUUCUGGGUGCAGAAGAGAGGUGAAAACUUCUCUUGAGGAGUUCUAGAUGCCCGAGCCUCCUCUCGCACCCUGAGCACCUGCAGUGUGAACCUGACAGCCUCAGACCCAGGGGCUAGGAGGAGCCUUCCCUGGUUUCCAGAAAUCGUCUUCCCUUCCAGCCAGUGACCCCACAAAGCUGGGAUCCUCGUUUCCCGCAUACUGGGCUGAUUUUGAUAAAUGCCUCCCAAUGGGCCAGAGACCUGCUUGGGUCUGGGGUGGCAGUUGUGGGCUGGACUUAGCAGGUGGUGACUAGGUGGAUAGUGCAGCGGACUUGAACUUCGGGGUCACACAGACCCAGGUUCAAGCUGUGGCUUUGUCACUUCCUGCCCAGGGCCUGUGAACUGAGUUUCCUACCUCAUAGAGUUAUGAGGAGCAGAUACCUCUAGGUCAGGCUGA